GAGCAGCUUUGUAUUGCUGGCUCUGGUGAGCAGUCACUUUAUGGGAUGGAUUCAUUUGGAAUAGAUGAAUAAAUGGCGUUUUCAUUGAUUUCUGGGAAGCUUUGUUCAUUUACAUAAGCUGCGAAUCUCGGCUAGUUCUUCUCUUGUCAGGAAAUUUCACGGCUUUUCAGUCCCCAGGAGAUAUGGAACCAGCAGAGACUAUUAGCACUACAGCUAAAUGUUUUGCCUUUAGCUGCAAACAGGUUUGCUCCGGAGUAGCCCUCCUUCUUGCCCAGACGUUGCGAUGUUCCUGUGAUCUCUCCGCACGUGCUGGUGUUGAGCCGUACGGCUGGAGUGUGUUUUCUGUUAACGUACUGAAUCUCUCCACAGAGAUUUUUCAUCGGAGGCCAUGGAGCUGUCGGCCAAUGAGCUCAGCAUUUAUGACAAGCUAUCGGAGACGAUCGAUCUAGUGAGGCAGACCGGCCACCAGUGUGGGAUGUCAGAAAAAGCCAUAGAGAAAUUCAUCAAGCAGCUCUUGGAAAGAAAUGAGCCCCAAAGGGGACCUCCACGGUACCCUAUCUUAGUGGCUCUCUACAAGGGCCUGCUCACACUGGGAUUGGUCUUGCUGACUGUUUACUUCGUGAUCCAGCCAUACAGCCCGCUGCCGCCUGAAGCUCCACUCUCCAGAGCCCAUGCCUGGGGCUCCCUCAUCGGUCACAUCCGGCUGCUCUCUCUGCCCAUUGCCAAGAAGUACAUGCUUGAGAAAUGCCAGGACUGGUGGGCAGCAGGUUGCAGACAGAACACUUCUACGCUUCCUGCAAACUGCACAGUCUGUUCUGCUGUGAAAAGCCUUCAGAUAGUGACAGACUUUGGAGAACUAUCAGAAAAGCUCCAGAGGUCCCAGCCUUUUCUAAUCAAGACAGGGCAGCAUCUCUCCUAUGAAGAACUGAAGCAUUUUCAGUCCCAGGAUCCAGACCUGGCAGAGGUUAUAAUAGAAGAAAAUUCAGCUGAAUUGUGGAGCUGCCCAUUUUUCUUUCCCUGGAACAAAUCUGUGAAUAAAACUCGGAUUCUGCAGGAAAUUUUCCCCACUUCCUCUUUGCUGUCCUUCCCCAAGACAGUGUCCCUGGAGAGCUGCUUCCUCAUCCGCCAUCCAGAUUUGGGGAAUAAGAGCUACAGUUUGCACAGCCUCGUGGCUGUUGGAAGUGGGCAGCUCACCCUGACUGUUGUACCUCUAGACAAGUGCAGAGGACACUGUGAGGUGUUCAAGGUGGAGCUGGAAGCUGGAGAUUUGGGUUACGCCAGCGCAGAUUACUGGACGAUGAGCUUCAUGGCCAAAGGGACAGAGCCGGCGGUUGUUUGUGACGGAGCUGCUAGCUAAGGACAGUGCGGGGGGGAAACAGAGCUGUUGCCAGAACAAGAAGACUUUCAGCUUUGAAGCCAAGGCAACGUCUUGAAAGAGAUAGAGCUGGGGCAACUGGGGCAGGCAGCUUUGCCACCCUGCAUGUUUACAGUGUUUAAAAAUGACUGUUUUCCUGACCCUUGAGGUAAUUCUUUGCCUUUCCUCAAAUGUAUUUUGGGAGAAGCUCAAGCUAUUUAUGACCUUCCCUGUCCCCUCAGGUAAGCCCUGGGUUUGCAGCAAAGGGUUUUUUUUCCAGGAGCAGCAGAGGGAUUUCUCAGGAUGAGAUUCACCUUGUGUCCUUUGUGGAUUAUGGCACUUCUGAAACUUCCGGGGGGGGUUUGGGAGUGGAGGGGGUGUGUGGCAUUUCUGUGUACAUUCCUCCUGAGGAGGAGGCUUUGAGCCUGGCUUGUCAGGCCAGCUCGAUAAAGGGAAUGAAUCGGUGAUGUAUCCCAACUGUAGCCCAUCUCUCUGCCACAUACACAGCUAUGUGCCUCAGCAGCGUGCCCUGCAAAGCCAAUCUCUGCUCCGUGCUCCAGGGCUGAGCUGAGCCCUGCAGCCUGGGGCAGAGACCCUCACCCGCUGCGUCGCG